AUGCCACUCCCCGAAAGCGGCACUUUGUCGCUCCAAUGUCCUCGCCCAGGGGAAGCCACCUACUCUAAACCGCGGCAAGCCAUGCUCCUCCGCAUGUCGCAAGAGACUCUCGAGGCUCUGGAGGGCUAUCCCAAGCAGCCCGAGGUGGAGAUCGAGCUCGGUGCGAAUCCGGGACUAUACAUCGGCGGCGUGUUCUUUCCCAUGCGCCUGCUGAAGGAGGACUGUCCGAACGAGCUCUUCCUGCGGACAGCGCCCAAUUCUAAAUCUACCCACUCCAAGCCGACGACCCCGCUAAAACUCUACGCCAAUGUCACGGGAAAGGGCUCUAUCAAUCCUCAGCUCGGGAACAAGGUCCAUGAGAAGAUUCGUGAGAGCACGCUCAUGGCGGAGAAGCAGCGCACGGAGCGCAAGACUAUCUUGCUCGAAGUCCCGCCAGAUAUGCCAAAACCGAAGAAGCGCAAGGAGCCACCGCAGAUGCUGCGGAAGCCGCCACACCUCGUCGACGGCCACCGUAAUCUGUCUGCGCCAGUCACUUCGCAGUCGACACGAGUGUCGUCUCCUGCAACGGGUGUGGCCUCUUCACGUCCCGGUCUAUCUACACGCGUCGCAUCUCCCCGCCCAGGCCUGUCUGCGCAGGCAGCAUCUCCACGCACUGUGCCAGCUACAAGGGUCGCAUCUCCCCAUACUGUUCCAUCGACGAGAGGAGCAUCGCCACGCCCUCCGCGCGAAGAUCCUCUGAAGUCUACGCGCUCACGCAUCAUUCAUUGUGUGGCCACCAAUGAUCGUACAUCGGAUCAGAUUCUCAAUAUGGUUGGCAAAAACUACAGUGCUGCAGCCCGAGAAGAUCUUUUCCGUAUCUUAGAGGAGGUCGCGGAGCGCGCCCCACUUCCUAGGGGUGCCAAUAGAAGUUCUGGUCCGACGUGGAGGCUCAAAACAACAUCAUGGAUCGAGGUUCGGCCUUUUGACUGGGGGCGUCUUCAGACAGCCGAGCGAGAGGAGCUAGCAACCCAGGCUCGGGCUGCGUUGCGACAGUUGGAUAUCCCAGAAACGGACCCUCGUUGGGAUCCCAUGUGGCCUCGCAGCAGGGACUCCACGCCCACUGUCUACUCGCGAAAUGGGUCGUCAGCCGCCACGCCGGAGGGCACGAAGCCUGAGGCGCGGAUCGGCAUCAUGUCGAAAGACGUGAAGUCGAAGAAAAUAAAGCCAGCGGACGGCGCGAAGAAGCGCACCGCGUCCAACGUGAUCGUCGCGAAGGACGAGGGUGUCCGACCAUCCAGAGAGGUGAUGGGCAAACGCAAGGCGAAGGAGGAGAAGGCUGCCGAUUCGUCGGGCUCUUCUGGGGAUGCCCCUUUGGCGCGGCUUGCAGCACGUCGCUUGCCAGGUUCCGGAUUCAAGGCAACGGCGGGGAGCUCGAGCGUGACUCCCCCUGCGCUGGCGUCGCCAACGGUGCCACAACCUCCGAAGAAGACCAAACUCGUCGAUGUCCGGGAGGGCAAGAGAGACGCCAAGGAUGCUCCCGUACCGUCAGGGUCUGCGAACCCUGGCGCGCAGAAGAAGAGGAAAGAGCCAGAGCAGGAUAGAGAACGCCCCCGGGAACGUGACCGAGCACGAGAACGGGAGGCGAUGCGCGAGCGAGACCGCGAAAGAGACUCGCCCGCAGUACAGGCUACUGGGAAGAAACGAAAGAAAGUUAUAGAUGAUGACCAGGAUCCUGAAUACCCGGAGCGCGGCUCCGCCGUUGGCGCGAUACCCAAGAAGCGCAAGACCGAGCCAAAAAGGGAAACCAAGGCUGAAAGGGGGCGAGACAAGGAGAGUGAUAGAGAGAGUGCCAGAGGCAAGAACAGUGAAGCGGCAUUCAAGAGGCCCGCAAAACGCGAUGGUUCUCCUCUCCCUCCUCCCCGCAUUAAAGUUAAGAAAGAGGCAUCGCCCCUACCUCCUUUACCCCCGGCACAGUCGCUGAUACCCCCAUCCCGCCCUUCAACCAGCGAGAGGACAGCUCCCGUGGCGUCAUCGUCGUCUCAGAAACACAGCGAGCACAAGCGUGCCCGCGGCUCCUCUAAACUCCGUCGGCGGUCGCCCAUAUACACCUCUUCUGAGGACGAGAGUGAAGAUCCCCCGACUCUGGACAAGGCGAUGCUGAAGUUCCGUCGCCUCAGCCUUCUGCGCCCGCUACCCCAAGACAGCGAGCGCCUUCAGUCGUAUUAUAACGAAAUAUACAUCCGCUACAUGUGGAUGCACAACUUGAAGAGUCUCAUGAGGGAGAGGAUACGAGAAUUGCUCAACGCUCUGUCAGAGAACACCGCGUCUGGUCCCGACGAUAAUACCGUGCCCGUGGAUCCCCUUACGUCCAAGGAUUUCGUGGCAGAGUUUGAUCUGGUAGAGAAGGAGGUGAAGGCUGUGGAGCAGCGACUCGAGGAGCUUGCAGCCAACAAGACGCCAGCAGCGUAG